GAAAAAUUAAGAAGCCAAGUUCAUUUGUUUCAUUAGGUGAUGUUUGAUUUAGGUUUCUGAUAAUCAGGGUGAGGUGACACAUCAGCACUUUUGGUAGGUAUAAAUAACGGAGUCUGAACGUCGGAGACACAGAGGAGAAGCAGAAGUUUGGAAUCAAGUUCAUUCCAGCUGCAGGAAAUUUCAUUGUAUUUCAAUUCAGACUCCAGAUUUUCAUCAGUUUUGAUCAAUUUUAUCCAGAUCAACAGAAAAGAUGAAGCUGUCAUCACUUCUCUUCCUCUUGGCUCCACUGCUGAUCAGCUGUGAAGCCGUCAAACUGCCAGCUGACUGUAAUGACGUCUGCAAUGAGGACAAUAAACUUCCCAGUGGAGUGUACAUCAUCUAUCCAAGUGGAACUACAUCUGCUAUUCAGGUUUACUGUGACAUGGUCUCAGAGGGAGGACGCUGGACGGUUUUCCAGAGGAGGAUGGAUGGUUCUGUAAACUUCUACAGAAACUGGGCCGAGUACAAGAGAGGCUUUGGAAACGCUGCUGGAGAGUACUGGCUGGGUCUUGAUAACAUCCACGAGUUGACAAGGAAUCAAAACUAUGAACUGAUGGUCGACAUGGAGGACUUUGAAGGAAACAAAAAGUUUGCUCUUUACUCUUCAUUUAAAGUUGAUGCUGAGUGUGACGGUUACAUCCUACAUGUGAGUGGCUUCAACAACAAAGGGGGCGCUGGAGACAGCCUCACCUAUCACAACGGACAGAAAUUUUCCACCUUUGACAAAGACCAGGACAAGCACGGCGCCAACUGUGCCAAAAGAUGUCUGGGUGCUUUCUGGUACUAUGCUUGUCACGCGACAAACCCUAACGGUGUUUAUCGCUGGGGGGCUGACAACACUCUCUAUGCUGUUGGAGUGGAAUGGAAGAAAUGGAAGGGAUUUGAUUACUCCCUGAAGAGCAUCAGCAUGAAAAUUCGUCCUGCCAAGUAAAUCUGCAGGUCAAACAUUCAGCUAAAAUUAAUGAUUUGCUUUUUCUUGUAAUCAACCAUCAACUUUUGGCUUCAAACACGAGUCAAAAGUUGACAUGAUUACUUCUAAAUAUAAUCCAGUUGAUUGUGCUUUAAAUCUUUGGUGAGGGUUUGCUACCUGUAAUCAAUUUCUCUCCUGCUCUGAUAAUAAAUAAGAAGCAAGCAUCAA